UCAAACAUGACUUUAGAUCCAUAACCUAAAAUUUAAGUAAUAAUAAUAUUUGUAAAAACAUGUACAAAUUGAUACGAUCUUUAAGAAAUUUGCCCGCAACUGGUGGUGUUCAAGUUGCGAGAUGCAGCACGAGCGAGAAGAAUGUUGUUCCCAAGAAGAUGAUGCCUGGAGAUUUGGUGAAGACUCCGAAAGUUACGAGGGAAGAAAUAGCCAGAAGUAAUGAGACAACUGCAGGUGACAUGAGCUGGAGAACCCCAUGGCACGAGAAAGAGGGUCAAUACUACAGCAUGCUCAAAGCCUUCUACUCAGAAGAUAAUCAAACCAAUGUGCUUAAAAUGAUCCAGCAACCGAUCAAUUUGACUCCCAACAGUAUAAAGAAUUGGUUCGCAAAGAGGAAGGUGAAAACCAAUAUAGCUUUGCAGCAGUACAUACCGGAGAGGAAUGCAACUUUGGGCAAUGAUCUGGCCGCAGCUCAUUUCACUGUGUACAGGGGUGGAGCAGUGAAAUUCUUUGACAGUGAUAAAUGGAUAAAGGCCAAUAAAUUCAAUGAGUAUGAUCUACCCACUAUAUUCACUGAAGACUUGUAUCUGCAGGCAAUCGAUUGCACUGACAUGGAUUUGUAUUACGAGGGUUUGAUUAACUUCAAGGAAUUGCAUGGGGUGGAAUGGCUGAGUCUGAACGGUUGCCAGAAUCUGGAUGAUUGGGCUUUGGACAGAGUUGGCCAUGUAUUCAGUCACAGCCUGCUGUAUUUGGAUUUGAGGAAUAUUCCCUUGAUCACCCACAGAGGGAUUGGGGCUUUAUCGAAGAUGGAUAAAUUGAAGAUCCUCUAUGUGGACAACAUAUUUGCAUCUCGAGAAUUCGAGAUGACCUGCCUUAUGUUACAAGAAUUGAAACCUGAUCUAGACAUACGCGUCGAGUGAUGAAGUAUUAUAAAAUUAUUUAUUUUGCUUAGGAUUAAUUAACCUGGCGACAACAAUAAACAUUAAAUGUAUAUAAAAAACAAA